AUGCAUUCGCGUCUUGCCAUAGACACGACCACCGGAAUGAGUGCAGGACCAUCUUCCGCUAAAUUACACCAUCGCCAGCGAAGUGUAUCACCCACACCAGGUUCUGCAGGGCCCAGCAACGGUUUUCUCCACAUGCAAAGAGGACGCAGCGUUUCUAACGCUUCAACCGCUUCCUCACUAUCCAUCGUUUCCCCAACGUCUUCGUCGACAAAUGCAUCUGCAACAUCCCUCAAGUUACCAUCUUCAAGACAGAGCUCGCGAUCACGGUCACCUAGUCCUGCAAUCGACGAAACGGUCCGGCUAGGGCCUGAUUACGUUCUCGCAAUGCACGAUUAUUCUCCUCAAUCACAAAGUGCCACCUGUUUAUCUUUUCGAACGGGUCAGGUCAUCCAUGUGUUCAACCGAGACCCAAGUGGGUGGUGGGAUGGAGAAUUGGAAGGUCGGCGUGGAUGGUUUCCGAGCAAUUAUGUCAACGCAGAUAUAACACCUCUUACGGAGGAGGAACCUAUAGGAAUAAAUUCUCGUGGUCACAGUCAUAGCCAAUCUGGAUCUUCUGCGACAUCAUGGGCCACUGUAGCAUCGAAAAACCACAACACACGACACGACCGCCAUGAACAUAAUUUAUCGUUGUCCGCUUCAUCAGAACAGGACCCUGAUGAUCCAUAUUGUCCACCUCUUAUGAUUCCUUUAUUGCAUGGCUUGUCUCUUCUUCAGAACGCCGUGCGUUCUAAUCGUAUAGCCCAUUUUCAACCGUCGACUGCAUGUAUCAUAUCUUGCGUCCGUGCUAUUUUGGCCUCAACAGAAACCUUGCAGCGAGAUGCCCCAAUUCUACAGCGAUUUUCGGUGCUAGCAGAGGAGCGCAAACAGAUAUUGACUAUUCUAGCUAACUUGGUUUCUCAGGCCAAGAAGGCUUCUGAAGGCAAAUUGGUUGGCGAUGCUCAAGAAAGCGAAGUUCAGAAAAUGUUACGGCUCGGAGGCCAAGUUUUUUCACAAGUGCGGUCAUUUCUGGCGGUCGCGGUAAAAUGUGGAGUAGAGCUCCCUGAAGAGCAGGAGUCUAUGAGGACUGCCACCCCUGCCUCAUCUGCUGGGCAGGCAUAUCAUGCCGACAACGAUGAACAUGAAGAUUCACCGACUAAAACCCCAACACAAUAUAGAGGUCGGUCAACGAAUCCUAUCGUGCCUAGGCCUGGCGUGCGGAUAGCUGGCCCGCGCUCCAGAGAACGGCCCCCAGAACCUGCUAAUAGUCCUGGAUUGGCCAGAUCAUUAGCUCGUGCGAGACAAGAACAGUAUCUUCUUCGAGAUCGCGGCUAUAUGCGUCACAAAUCAGGACCAUCCGUUGAUAGUAUAUCCUCAAUAUCCUCGAUGUCGUCCCAAGAAUCAAUACCGACAACUCCAGCCCCGUUUCCUCAAGGCCCCUCAACUGCAGCUCAAGUGAUGGAGGCUCUACGAUUUACUCACGACCACUAUCUAUCUACUAUCGCCGCUUUCAUUGGACAUGCACAUUCUCAUUCUCGGACAUCGUACGCAUCAAGUACAGGCGUGCUAUAUGACCUAGUCAAGGAAAUCGUGGACAUGGUCUGCAAACUGCUUACCAUUGUAGAGGCAGUGAUGCAACAUCCUGAUAUUCCUCCCAACCGGGUGGGCAACCUCAGGUCCGCGAAGGAGGGACUUUACAACGUCACCAGCUCCUUGGCCGAGUCAGUAAGGCUUCUAACGGUUUCUCUCCCCCCUACCACAUCAGAAGAAGCUGAAAAGCAAAUUCUUCUACGAUCAGCGACUGGGGCAUUAAAAGCAGGGGCCGACUGUGUGGCAGCCGUAAAAGUCUGCCUUAAUCGCUCUGUCGGCGACAAACCCUUCAUCGUCAACUUGCCCCAUGUUGACAGUAUGAUCUCCCACCCUUUUACCCCUAUCAAGCCUUCUAUGGCGGCAGCAUCGAGUUCUUCUGCGGGUCAACUUGGCGGCGGUACUUCGAAUGGGUACCAUCUUAAUGGCAUGGAGGACGAGGACCUUACUAUCCAAGCUCAAACGCCGUCGCCUGUUCUACGAUCACGGGAAAUUUCCUCCGGGUCUGAGUUUAGCACCCUCUCCAAGUCUUCGUACAUGCAUUCGGACGAGACACGUGCCACUUCACCAGAUGAAGGGGGUCAGGGCAAGUUGGCUCCUGUUGUUGCAUCCCGGACACCCAUCGAGCCGGAUUUACCUUCGCCUACUUCGUUGGCGCACACGGAUGAUGACGGUACGACUUGGGAAGGAAGCCUGCGAGGGCUCCCUGCGAAUGACCUGGAAGAGAAGAUCAUUCAUGGAGAACUGUCCAACGUGCCUUUCAAUCCCGCUCCGGAAUUUUUGCAGGAUCCUUCCUCUUGGAUGUUUGGGCAUGAUUAUUCGAUGGACGAUGUAGCUUAUAACAGCGAAGGUCAUCUUGUGGGUGCGACAAUGGACGUCCUAGUUGAGAAGAUGACACCGCACGAUAGCAUCGUCGAUCCGGCAUUCUCUGCUAUCUUCUUUAUGACAUUCAGAUUGUUCUCUUCGCCGACCGAGCUGGUCGAUGCUAUUAUUUCACGGCAUAACCUCCAGCCACCGCCGGGUAUAUCAAAUGAAGACAUUCAUUUAUGGCAGCAGCGUAAAGGCAUUCCAGUACGGCUGCGAGUGUCUAACUUUAUUAAGAUGUGGGUGGAGCUUUAUUGGCGGCAGGGCGUCGAUGAUGUCGCGCUGUCAGCGCUGACGACGUUCACGCGCGACGGCCUGGGCGUUUUGUUUCCUGGCCCAGCGAAACGGAUACUCGACCUUCUCGAAAUGCGCCGACAGGCGACGGACCAAACUGUCAGCCCCAAGGCAGACCGGUCGCGCGAUCCAGGGAUGUCUAUUAACCCCCCGUCGACGUUCGUUCUGAACAGCGAGAUUCCACGGCCGACGAUGACCAAGACGCUGCUGGUCGCGCUGAGGAAGAAGGACUUUGCGAGCAUCGUGAUCACCGACUUUGACGCGCUGGAGCUCGCGCGGCAGUUGACUAUUAUGGAGUGUAAUCUGUACUGCGCCAUUCAACCGGAAGAGAUUCUGGAGAGCGGGCAGGAGGGCGCGACGCGGCCUGUCAAUGUUAGAGCUGUGAGCACGCUGAGCACGGUCAUCACUGGCUGGGUGGCAGAGAGCAUCUUGAACGAGCCCGAUAUCAAGAAACGGACGUCGCUGGUCAAAUUCUUUGUCAAAGUUGCUGAUCGCUGCACGGGCCUGAAUAACUUUAGCACGUCACGAUCAAUACUGGCGGCGCUGGAUUCGUCUGUGAUAUCACGUCUGCAUCAAACCUGGUCUGGCUUAUCUCAAAAGUACAAGGCGCAGCUGGAGUCACUCAGAAGACUGGCUGAUCACAGUCGGAACUACCACGAGUAUCGCAGCAAACUACGUAACACGGCGCCCCCUGCUGUACCGUUUUUGGGUCUGUACCUUACUGAUGUCACGUUCUGCCGCGAGGGCAACCCAUCCCACCGCGCUUCGCCGACCGAUCCGAGCAAGAAGCUCCUCAAUUUUAACAAGUACCAUAAACUUGCGAGGAUUGUACAAGAUAUGCAGCGGUUCCAGGCUCCGUAUAAUUUGAAAGCGAUCCCGGAGGUGCAGGAGUAUUUGAACGUGGCGUUUGAAAAGUCGAAGCAUCAUGGAGACUUGCAGGACCUGUAUCGGCGCAGUUUGCUUGUUGAGCCGAAACAGUCGUCUGAUAACCCGCCCACGAGCGAUAUGCGGCAGUUGUUUAAUUGGGCGACGCGGUCGCAGUCGCAGGCUACGUCGUCUUCAUAG